ACGCUCUCGUUCUCUCGUGGGCACAGCUGCAUUGUUGCUGCGGCGUUGUUGUUGUCAUUUCAGUUUGCUGAUAAAGGCGCAGGCAAAUGGACAUGCACAGGCUGAUCAACGAGGUAAGGCAGCGUCCCGCUCUCUGGGAUGCCAACCAUCCGGAGCACGCGAAUCGUGUGGAGACGCAGCGACAAUGGCGUUGCGUGGCAGAUGCACUGGGUGCCAAAGUGGAACUCUGUCGCAGCAAGUGGAAGAACCUGCGCUGCAGCUAUCGCCGGCAACAACAUCGCCGCCACAGCUUUCAGCAGCAGCAGCAGCAACAACAACAGCAACCUCAACAACAACAAACAUCGCCAACUCAUCAAUGGUCCUAUGCGGAGGCGAUGAGCUUUCUGGACGGUUGCCGGCUGCGCACGGACAGCAGCAACAACGAGGACGACGACUGCGAGCUGAGCGCGGAGGUGGAGGAUACGCUGCCGUUCAAGGCGGAGUCAAUGCCGUCGGAUGAAAUGGAGGCGGAUAAUGAUGCACUCAUGGAGGAAUUCCAGAGCAUGACCACGCCGCAAGCUCUCCGCCGACUCUCGCACAGCAUUUCGCUGGCCAGCGCUGCCGCUGAGGAGCAGGUGGUGCCACCUUCCUUGGUGAAUCCCAGCUUGCCACAGGGCACUGCUGCUGCGGCCGCUGCAGCGAGCGGUUGUCAGUGUGCCAAGCGUGUGGAUGAGCAGGUUAACUUUCUGGAGAAUCUGGAGCGUGAGGAACAGCAGCUGAUGCAGUCGACCAGCCAGGAUUUGGCGCGUUGCAAGAACGUGUUGCACGUGGGCGACUCGGACUACAACUUUCUGGUUAGUUUCCUGCCGCUGAUGAAGCAAAUGUCGCCCAUGCAGAAUGUCAGCUUUCGUGCCAGAAUGGGCGAACUUUUGCUGCAGACGAUGCAACAAUCGCCCAUGCAACUGCAACAACCGCAACAACAACAACAACAACAGCAGCCGCAACCGUCGCAGAUGUUGUUGAACCAACAGCAGAUGGCCUUGGACCAGGCCCAACAACAAGUCAGCACCAGCACAAGCUCCACAAAUUGGAAUUGAUUCCGAUUCCGAUUCCAGCAGAGCUUCCCAUUCAACUGACAAGGAAAGAGCGCGAGCGAGAGCGAGAG